CUCAGAUUCAUCAGUGCCGCGACCUCAGAUGAUGCUGUUCCGAACAGUCCUUCCCGCGCGCAGCACGUCCUCGCUCGUCGCCUCUUCAUCCUCCUCUUGGACACCAUGGCAGUCUCAGCAAGUCGGCAGAGCUGGCAGGCUCGCCAUCGCAGCGCAAGCGCAUGCGCGGGCUCGAGCACAACCAAUAUCGACGAGCGCCCCGAGACCGGCGUUCCACUUUGACACGCAUGGCUUCGUCACACGUCUCGAGGCGUCCGGCAUGCCCCGUCAGCAGGCCGAUGCCCUCGUGACGGCACUCGGAGAUGUCGUUGAGGAGAGCAUCAGCGGGCUGGAAAAGGGUCUGGUCAGCCGAGAAGAGGGCGAGCGAUGGCGGUACAGCCAGAAGGUCGACUUUGCGAGGCUCAAGUCCGACAUUCAGCUCCUGGAGAGAAACGACUUUGCGCUGAUGAAGUCGGAAAACGAGCGACUGAUGGCCGAUGUCGAGAAGCUCAAGCAGAGGCUCAGGGAGGAGAUCACGAGGACGACGGCGGGGGUGAGACUCGAUCUCAACUUGGAGAAAGGGCGCAUUCGCGAUGAGAGCUCGGUGCAUGCCCUCAAGAUCAAGGAGGUGGACACUCGGAUCGAGUCAGAGAUUGCAGGUCUGCGCUCCCUUAUCGCAACAGCUAAGAUCAAUGUGCUCCAGUACCUCGUCGGUGUGGCCACUGGUGCAGGAGCCUUGCUGUUGGCGUACCUCAGGAUGUUCAAGUAGGCAACGCCCUCUUAUACCCAAGAAAUCAGACAUAGUAUGAUAAGAGUAACGGAGUAGAUCAUAGGCGUCUCAUUGGUGGGAAAGGAGAAGGUGUAAAAGAGUCUCUGUAAGAAUACAACAC